CUGCGGCUCACCGAUCGAUUUGCGAACGCAUUAAAUCCGCACCAACUGCCCAAUCGAUCGCACCACAAGAUUCGCGAUACUAUUCCUAGAAUAUUCCAAUAAUAUGCAACGCCUACCCUGGAAGUGGGCGUGGCUGCCGCUAAUGCUACUAAUUACUGCGAAAUGGGAGCAGGUGGGCGGCCGCAGCUAUACGGACUUAGCACGCACCGAUAGUCAGCUAACGAGGUUACCAUUCUUUGGCGGCGGUGUGGGUCACCUGCUGCGAUAUCUGCACCCCUUGUCGUUGAGUUCGCCAUCCGAACGCGGCAGAAUCUCGGAGCUGCGCAGCGACCUGGAUGCCAACUAUGUGAGCUACCGCGGUGCGCAGCUGUGGAAGCUGAACUUCAACGCCACCCGGGGCGCAUCCAUGGCGGAGCGGGAGGAGGAGGACGACGAGGUGGCUGAGGAGCGACAGGUGCUGGCUUCGCCGGAUGCCCAAUUCAACGAGGUGGUCGCUUUAUUCGCGCUCACGUUUGUGGCCCUCAUCGGAUCGGUUCUUGGCCAGAAGCUGCUGCUGUGGCGCAGCGUCUCCGUGCCGGAGAUCUCCGGAAUCUCCGGCCUGCCCCUCGCCCUGCUGACCCUCAAUAGCAGCGAGCUGUACGAGUCCACGCUGGAGGGUUUGCAGUGGCUAUCGCCGCUGGAUCUGCGUCGCUUCGACUUCCUGUCGCCGGGCUCCUCGUUCCAGAUAAACAGGCGCUACCGGAAUGGCAGCCAGGUGCAGCGAUACUACGGCUUCCAGCUGUGGAAGGUCCACGAAACGCGGCUGGAACAGCCGGAACUCAGAGCCUUUUGGAGGCACUUCGGCAGCGAGGUGUGGAAUAUCAACCAGGAUGGCAUCGACAUCCUCAUCGAGCAACGCAACGUGGCCGAUGCCCGCAAGUUCAUGGACCAGGUGGGCUACAGCUACAAUAUAAUGAUCGACGACAUUGAAACGGCCAUCGAUGAGACCUACGUGGAAGUGCCGGCUGUGGAACAUCCAUUGGAUUCCGUGCGCAACAAUUCGCUGCCAUGGAUGGAAGUACCGGGUUCAACGAUGAACUGGCGGCGUUACCACGAUCAGGCGGACAUCAAGCAGUUCCUGCAGACGCUGCUCGAGACCUACGAGGAAAAUGUGGAACUCAUCCAGAUUGGGGUCACGCGCAACAAGCGACCACUGGAGGUCAUCAGGGUCUCCAAUGGGAAUCCCGAUAACUGGGCGGUGUUCGUGGAUGCUGGCCUGCAGGCCAGGGAUUGGUUGAGUCCUGCCGCCCUCACCUACGCCAUAUCCAAGCUGACCCAUCUCUGGGGCAGGCCGAAGGGUGGGGGUCAGAGGCAGAGCAGGGCGGAGAGGGCGAUGCGCCGCAUCGAUUGGUACUUCCUGCCACUGGCAAAUCCCGAUGGCUACCAGUACUCCCGCCACACGGAUCGCCUGUGGACGAAGAACCGUGGCUACGACACUGCCAGUGGUUGCUAUGGCGUUCAUUUGGACCGAAACUUUGACUACGGUUGGGAUGGCACCGGAUCGACGAGCAAUCCCUGCAAGAAUCUCUAUCGUGGAGCGCAGAGCUUUUCCGAGCCGGAGAGUCGUGCUGUGCGCAGUUUCCUCUCCGGAAUGCGCGAGUAUUUGGGUGCCUAUGUGUCCCUGGGCGGGUACGGGCAGGCCAUCACGUAUCCCUGGGGCGAUGCGGACUACGUGACGGAGAAUCAGCGGGAUCUCAAGCAGACAGCAAGGAGGGCAGUGCUCGCACUGCGACGACUCAACCAGGCGGAGUACACUUCGGGCACCAGCUAUCGCCAGAAGUUGGCGCGCCCGGGCAACUCGGCCGAUUGGGUGCAGGAUCGCAUUGAACCGCAGUUGGUGUUCAACAUGUUCCUCAAGGAUCAGGGACGCUAUGGCUACCUGCUGCCGCCGCACUACAUCGUGGAGUCCGGCGAGGAGGUCUUCGAGUUUCUGCGCACCAUUGCUCAGCAAUUGGAGUAAAGGAAACGGGUGGAGCGACAUUCAACUAUCUAAUCUAAUCUACAGGUUGGAUCAAGCUGGAUCAAAAGUGCCUAAAGCAUCAGGAUCUUAAUUGAACUCGUACAUAUUUAUUUGGAAAAUUAGUGAAUAUAAAUAGUAGUUUCUUAGCUAAUUUCCUUUACCAUAAAAA